AUGGCGACCAUGACUCCCAGGCUCCCAGCUAUUCAGCUCAGACCUGAAGUCAAUGAGUCGGAGCAAAUCGUACUGCUCAUUGACAACAUACAGCCCGGUACUACAACAUACGAUAUGAUCAGUAAUCUGGAAAGGCAAGGUAGCAUUGUGUUUAUUGAGAUAUUUGGAGACAAAAGUCAAAGAGGAAAAGUGACAUUUUCACCUGCUCCGAGCCCUUUCUGGCGAAGUGGUCAAUAUCCAAUCACCACUGCGGUUGGUAAUACUUAUGAUGUCAAGCUCCGGCUCGAUACUACCCGGAGAAAAGAAAGAACCGUGAAAAGCCCCUUCAGGAAUGUUUUUUACCCUGAAAAGACGAAACUUGUUUCUUCUGCUCUUCAGUUCGGAGUCAUGAUUGAGCCGGAAUGUAUGAUGCCUAUGGAGACCCUGGAAUGCCAGGAGCCUGGCGAUCUUACGGUUACUGUGAAUCUGAGGCGUAAAGAACUUGAAGCUCGUUUCACGGUGCAUUUUGUGGACCCACGAAUUCAAGGCGACAUUGAUUUCCCUAGUACAUCUGUGAUUGGGGAGUAUAAUCGCCGUGAGAAAUACAUGUUCACCAUACCUUUUGGUCAGUUGAAGUCAAUCCAGAAAGUCGAUCUUAGAAGAGGAAAUUUUUCACUCUUGAUAUCUUUGGACAGUCCGCCUAGAUUCUUCCGCUGGCGCAAUGAUGGCCAAGUACCUCAAUCAGGAGCGCUAUCAUGGAACCAAUGGGAUGGCUGGUUUCGGCAAACCGAUAUUGAAUUUGACCCUUUCAUCAUUGAAAGUCGCCCAAUCGCUCUGCACAAGAAGAGGCCAGUCAUCGAUAUUGGUCGCUGGACUACCUAUCGUUGGACUUUCAAUAGUAGUCAAUGUUCUCCAGAUCAAUUUCAAAUGGUUCAGGCGGCUCUCCAAGAUUUCAAUAUCGAUAUGGUCCCUCUGGAUAGCUUCAAUUUGACUCCAAUGCGCAAAGCUGAGCUAUGGUCUCUCAUAGACCCCUGUGAAGAUAAAACUACACAAGCUGGCCUUCGUUCUCUUGAUCCAGACAGUAUCAAAGUGCAUCUAACAUUCGAAGUGAGAUAUCAACUGGAAGUGUGCAUUUCUAGGGGGAUUGUCAACGAAUAUAAUAUUGACGAAAAUUUCAUAAAUUCCUUAGCCAACUUAUCUGCACAAGACUCAGCUAAGGCGAGGAAUGUACUGGAGUACGUUGCCGAGCAUUACGGUUCCAAACGCCUAUACGACCCUUCGUCUAUUUUUACCAACAAUGAAGCUUUGUCAUUUUCCUCCUUGACUGAUAUUCCCCAUUAUUGCGCAUUUUCACGAAAAGCUACAGUAACACCUACUUCAAUCUUAUUCAGUUCGCCUACUGUUGAAACUACCAACAGAGUCUUGCGACAUUACUCGAAGGAGAACAAAGAAGGUCGAUUUCUCCGUGUUCAGUUUACUGAUGAAAAGUUCGAGGGCCGGAUCAAUUCAUGUGCCGAUAAGAUCCGUAACGAUGCAAUAUUCACAAGAGUUUUUAGAGUGAUCAGUAAUGGCAUUCGUAUUGGUGAUAGGCACUACGAGUUUUUAGCCUUUGGAAACUCUCAAUUUCGAGAGAAUGGCGCAUACUUCUUUUGUCAAUCCCCGGAUUUAUCUUGCAACGAUAUUCGCCAAUGGAUGGGGACUUUUUCUCACAUCAAUGUAGUUGCAAAGUAUGCUGCAAGACUUGGCCAGUGUUUCUCAACAACCAGAGCUAUUAAGGGACUUUCGGCGCCCGACAUCGUGAAGAUUCCUGAUAUUGAAAGGGGUAGAUACUGCUUCACUGAUGGAGUUGGCAAGAUCUCGCCUUACCUUGCUCAAAUGAUCGCUGCUGAACUAAAACUCCGUGUCAUCUCGGCACCAUCGGCUUUUCAAUUCAGACUCGGUGGCUGCAAAGGCAUAUUGGUCGUUUCUCCUGAUGCGAAAAACAAUGAAGUCCACAUUCGCAAAAGUCAGCAAAAGUUCACAGCUGCAUACAAUGGUCUUGAAAUCAUUCGAUGUUCACAGUUCUCCUCUGCUACUCUUAAUCGGCAAACUAUCACUAUCCUUUCAGCACUUGGGGUCAAGGACGAAGUAUUUUUGAAGAUGCUAUCUCGGCAACUUUCUGACUAUCAGAGUGCAAUGGAUAACAACGCUAUCGCACUUGGCCUCCUUAACAGAUACAUUGAUGAUAAUCAUAUGACCAUCAAUAUUGCUGGUAUGAUAUUGAAUGGUUUCAUGUCAGAAAAAGAGCCAUUUGUUUUGUCUUUGCUCCAUCUAUGGAGAGCAUGGUCGAUCAAACUCUUAAAGGAGAAGGCAAAGAUUAUAGUAGAGAAUGGAGCUUUCGUGCUCGGCUGUGUUGAUGAAACAAACACUCUCAGGGGCUACACCAAGCCAACAGUGGCAUGCGGUACGACUUACAAAGAAACCGAGUUACCCCAGAUUUUUAUCCAAGUGCCUGAUAGGGAAAACACGACGCAAUACAAUGUCAUUGAGGGUAUUUGUCUCGUCGGACGAAAUCCAUCCCUUCAUCCUGGUGAUCUGAGGGUUGUUCAAGCCGUAAACGUACCAGCUUUGCACCACUUGCGGGACGUCGUUGUGUUUCCUCAAAGUGGCGAAAGAGAUGUGCCUAGCAUGUGUUCUGGUGGCGAUUUAGAUGGUGAUGACUUUUUUGUCAUAUGGGAUAAGGGCCUUCAACCAACCGAAUGGAACUGUGAGCCAAUGAGCUACGCAGCCUUAGAUCCUGUAAUGCUCAAACGACCUGUUGUUGUCACAGAUUUACAGAAGUUUUUUGUAAAAUACAUGAAGAACGACUCCUUGCCGAGUAUUGCACAUGCUCAUCUGGCACAAGCUGAUUAUCAGAAGCAAGGUAUCAAGGAUCCCAAAUGCCUCAAGCUCGCGGAACUACAUUCCAAGGCGGUUGACUACGUUAAGACUGGUCAGCCGGCUAUGAUGCCAAAAGAACUAGCCCCUCCAAAAUGGCCACAUUUCAUGGAAAAGAUCCAUCAGCCUGCCUCAAAACAGUAUCAUUCCCAGAAAAUUCUUGGUCAACUGUACGACAAGGUUGAGAGUGUUGACUUCGUACCACAAUACGAAGAACCUUUUGACAAACGUAUUUUGAGGGCUUACAAACUAGAAAAUGCCGUUCUGAAAGCUGCCCGUCAGACUAAGACUAAAUAUGACACCGCUAUGCGACGAAUUCUAGCCCAACAAGACAUCAAGACUGAAUUCGAAGUGUGGUCAACAUUUAUCCUUUCAAAGCCAAAGGUCGGAAGUGACUACAAACUUCAGGAAGAUAUGGCAGUGAUCACCGGUGCACUCAAAGAUAGAUUUCGGGCGGUGUGCAUCAAUAUAGCGGGUGGUAAAGACUUUUCAAUCCUGGGGCCAUUUGUUGCUGCCAUGUACAAAGUGACAAAAGAAGAACUCGAUAUCGCGUUGGCUGAAUGUCGUUCAACGAGAACGGUUAACGGAACAAAGGUGCCAAAGCGAAGAAUGAGACCUGAAUCAAUGCCAUUGAUCAGUUUCCCAUGGUUAUUCGAGAAGGAAUUGGGCAGAAUUGCUACUGGUAUUGAAGCCAUAGAUGACUUCGAAAAGAUAGGUUUCUCUACCUUCAGAAUCGAGAAGCCUCAGGUCAUAGCGCUGAAUCGUCAGCCGCAGCUCUCUAAGCAAGACGUAGAUUUUGUCAAGCAAGAAAAUGGUCUUAUUGUUCACCGUGGUGAAAUUCUUGACGUGUUCCCAGAGAACUCGGACAACGAAUUUCCUUGGGACUCUGACGCGAGGUCCGAUACUUCUCUGCCAGACUUUGUAGCCUCUGCCCAACCAAUUUCAAGAAACGGGGCAGAGUCUACUACAGUCGAAGCUUCUUCCAAAGACACGAACCAGACUUCUACGCUUCAAGACAGUUUACUCCCCCAAAACUUGCAAGGCCAAAAUCAGACACCAACAGAUACAGAGCACAAAGAAUUGGUGAAUACAACAGAAUCUAUCAACCAGGAAAUCCUCACGCCAUCUUCAUCAGUCCACAGUUCCUCUCCAGCAGCCCCUGUUACUACAACCAAGUCCGAUCUGAGCCUCUCUGAUGAUGAAGAGACCGAAGAACAUGUCGAGAUCAUAGAAAAUGUCGUUCGCGAGCGGUCUAUGAUCGACAGACUGUCGGCUUUCGUGGACUAA